AUGUCAAAAUCUAGUGCGUGUCUUGUCUACCUGAUGUACUUAUGUCUCUUGGCUGCAGCCCACACUUUCGAUUUGCAAAAAUUUUGUUUAAAAAGAUGCGCUAUCGGUCAGGGAGGUAACCUGUGUCGUUGUACCGCGCACCAUUUCGCCGGGAAAAGGUCUGACACACAUGCAGCGGCUGAAGCGGCCGCCGCUGCCGCCGCUGCUGCAAACCUGGACGUCGAAGGGCAGUCAAGACGAUCUCGCAUGGGGAACAACAAUAACAACGAAGAAGAUAAGGUGCGCAUCUCCGGGGCUGAGGCUGGACCCGAAGAUUUUCAGGUCUUGUCGAUGAACGAUGACCCGCUGAGUAAUAGCCAGGUGCUCUACCCUUUGAUGGGUAUCGUACCUGCUGGUUCGCGCCGGGCAAGUUUGAUGGGGCGGCUGCCGGCCGAUGAGGAGAAUAUGGAACUUUUGCAAGGGGAAUCGGGCCGAACUGAUAGCAGCAGCAGUGAUAAAGACAACAGUCGUAGCUCACUAAAUAUCCUGGCCAAACGGUAUCGACGCUACAAUCAACAAUUGGCAGGUGGAGUACCCCCAUCCUACAAGCGAAUAAGGGCAGCCAGCUCCCCUGACAAUACAGCCCAGCUAAAGGAUGCCCUUGAGAAAGCCCUCGAUAACAAGUAA